ACAGCUGACAUCAACAAUGGCGGCCUAUAGGCAACCUAUCUUGAGUUUGUUUGGAUGGAACUUUCGCCAUAUCCUACAUCGAUCACGACACUCUCACUUAAUGAGACCAGAAAUGCGAUUUUUAUCCGACCAAAUCAUCGACAGUUCGGACACAGAGCCACCUAUACCAGUGUAUAAAUCGCCUCAAAACGAACCGGUUGAUCGCAAACGAGCAAGAUUACUCUACCAAAGCAGGAAGCGUGGAAUGCUGGAAAAUGGACUCUUGUUAAGCACAUUUGCAGAUAAGCAUUUAGAUGGUCUGAAUGAUAACCAGCUGGAUCAAUAUGACAAGCUGAUAAAUGAGCCAAGCAAUGACUGGGAGAUAUACUACUGGAUGACAGACAAGAAACCUACACCAACGGAGUAUGACAAUCCAGUUAUGGACUUGCUUAAGAUCCAUGCAAAGAAUGAAAAGAUGGAAGAACGUAUAAGACAACCCGAUCUUCAAGCAAAAUAAUCACAAUUUAACAUCUUUGAAAGGGUUAUCUACCUCUCAUUUGAAUUUUAAAAACUCUUUCUGUGUUUGUUGUUGACAUUGGCUAAGCCUGUAAUAGUUAUUUAAUAUAAGGAUUACUUGAAGCAACUAUUAAGGCUCAAAGAAACAACUGAUAAGGAAAUAAAAGAUUCUAAACAACACCAAAAUAAUGUUGCUCAUGCAAGAGGACAUAACAUUUCAACUGUUAUGACAAAAGAGAACUUGGACAUAAAGUUUUGAGUUGGUUGUUUUUGACUAAUAGAAACAUGAUGCACAUUACGUAGUUUGUUUGUUUUUUAAUAAUACAGCUCAAAACAGAAAAUUAACUACA